AUGGAGUUUGUCGAGCCCAAAUUCACUAGGAAGCGUGAAGUUCGGACCCGAGCUCCGACAGCCUGUCAGACCUGUCGGCUGCGCAAGACUCGAUGUGACAAUACCAGGCCGAUCUGUAGCUACUGCGCCGUGCAGGGGGUCGAGUGCAACUAUCCCGAAACCUCACCACCACAGAACCAAGCUAGCUUUGAUUCCGGGAACCCUUCCAACCAAGAGGUCCUGCAACGGCUGAAUCAUAUCGCCGGUUUGUUGGAAGAAAUCAAAUCAGAAGGCUCCACGAACUCCUCGACUCGCUCCCUCAAAGAAUCAUUUUUUGAGCUGGGCGUGCAACACACUAGCCCCAUAGCUGAUUCCUUGUCGGGUAGCAACACACAAGGAGACAGUACCGCUAGUUUCGACGAUCGGGGAACCGACAAUGAUCCCCGAAUCCUCUACAUGGCUAGCUCCGGGGAGAACAUGCUCCGAUGGCCUAUUUUCAACAAAGUGAUCACCGAGGCUGAAAAGCAUAUUCGAUCCUUUCUGCUUGACUCGUUGGAUAACCAACCCCACACUAUGCCAGCACCCCGGCAGGUGGGGAUAGGAAGCUUUGUGGAUGAGAUCCCUCGACUUUGCAGGAAGUACUUCAUGCUAUGCCACCGGAGGAACCCAAUCCUGGACCUCGAGAAUCUAGACCGGUAUGCAAAAGAGGUCACCGUGCAGGGCCUUGGAUGGGAUGGCCCAUCGUGUCAAGUGCUCUUGGCAUGUGCUUUAGCUUCUUGCACGUCCUCCAAAUUUAUUCCUCUAGAUGCAAUUCCAGCAAAUCUCGAUGGACUCCAACCCCCUCCCUUGUCAGAUGCCAAUCUCGAUCUGGCUGAGACAUAUUUCCACGCUGCGAAACAGAGAUUCGGGUUUUUACAUACGUCUCCGACAGAUAUCCAAUGUUUUCUCCUGGCGGGAAGCUACCACAGACAUGCUAUACGGCCUCUGCAGGCCUGGUUCUGUUACCAGCAGGCAUCGUGUAGAUUAGAAGUCCGUCUGCGCUCGCUAUGUCGAGAGCAGUGGACCGCUGACGACAACUACCAUAACCUGGAGGCGCGGCUGUACUGGUCCUGUAUCCAAGCAGAACAUGAGAUGCAGAGCGAGCUCCCUCUCUGGAGUAGUGGGCUUGAGACGUUAGGCUAUUCAGAUCCCUUUCCCAAAUUCUCUCGUAGAUCCCCUACCUCAUAUGACCAAAUGGAGGAGGAUCGGGAUUUCUCCGUCAGGCCAGGGCUUGAACUAGAUGGAACCGAAGAGGAAAGAGGCUGGAGAUUCUACAUCGGAUCUAUCUGCAACCGCCGAACCACCAAUGACCUGGUCUCUGACAUGUGGCGUCAUGGAGAGAAGGGCUGGACUCAAGACAUUCCCGAUCUCCUCAGAAGAACGAUGGGGGCUGAGAACGUUGUAACAUCAUGGUAUCAAAUCUCGAUUGCCGGAGUCCAAUCCCAAAAGGAUAACCCAGACCUGGAGUUCUUCAUCCGGGGCCGGUACCGCAUGGCUCUGGAGAGAAUCUACCGACCAGCUUUCUACCUGGCAAUGCACUUCCAGAGCAUGCCGACCUUCAUCAAGAACAACCACCGAAUGUGGGUGGAAAUCUUCGGACUAACCCAAAAGGCCAUUGAUAACUGUGUCGAAUUGAUUCCAAAUUACUGGUAUCAGUUCCGACACGAGUGGAUUUGGAACGUCGUCCGCGCUAGCUUUGCUUGCGCUCUGCACAUCCUCGGUGCUGUCUUGUAUCAGCUCGAGGCAUCUCGAGAUCCUAGUACAUGGCAGGUGCGUAUACCGCCAAACUGGGCCGCUUUGAUCAGGGUGUCGAUCCGCACCUUGAAGCACUGGGCCCCGGAAUCUAUCGACCUGGAGGUUAUGAGGUCGACUCUAGAGAGGAUGUAUCAGGGAACUUGUCGGCUGGCUAAUGUGCGCCCAGAUCUUCAUCUGAUCUGA